UCCAAAAACCCUCACACUCCACUGCUUCGAUUCGAUUCGAUCAUCGCUUCAUCGGCCGUUCAAAUCUACACGCUCAUGGCUGCAACUCUAAAGCUCGCAGAAUCCCUCCGUCGCUCUCUUCCCACCGCCGCUCGCUUCUAUUCCACUGCUCGCUUUCUCUCAUCGGCCUCUUCAUCGCCGUCGAUUACUCAGCAGCCGGAUAUCCCCGCCGUGCGCUGCUCCCCGCAACCCUCGUUUCUCAUUUCACACUCCCUUCUACCCUCCUCCAGCCCCUAUGGGAUUAACUCCGCCCGCUUCAACCCGGCUCGCCUCCGUGUCAACCGAUCCGGAAAUCCGCCGUACAAUCCCGGCUCCAGCGACCGUCCUCCCACCGAGAUGGCUCCGCUUUUCCCCGGUUGCGAUUACGAGCACUGGCUGAUCGUCAUGGAUAAGCCAGGAGGUGAAGGCGCCGCCAAACAGCAAAUGAUCGAUUGCUACAUUCAAACUCUUGCUAAAGUCCUCGGAAGUGAAGAGGAGGCUAAGAAGAAGAUUUACAAUGUUUCUUGUGAGAGGUACUUCGGUUUUGGCUGUGAAGUGGACGAAGAGACUGCAAAUAAGAUGGAAGGUUUGCCUGGAGUUUUGUUUGUGCUGCCUGAUUCAUAUGUUGAUCCUGAAUACAAGGACUAUGGAGCUGAAUUGUUUGUCAAUGGGGAGAUAGUUCAACGAUCACCUGAACGACAGAGGCGAGUGGAGCCUGUUCCUCAACGUGAUAGAGUACGACCCAACACGCGAUACAACAGGCGCCGAGACAUGAGAUGAAAAUUUUGAAUAUAAUGUCUUAGAUGGCUUAAUUAUGUAUGCAUGCAGUGUUUGAGACCACAACGGUUGUGAACAGAACUCUCUUUCUUGAAUCAGACUGUCAGUUUUUGUAAUGUGUUUAGGUAUAAUUGCAAUUGCUCACAUUAUGAAAUUGAAAUGCCCUAAUAUUUGGCCA